UGAAUUCCAAAGUUUUAGAACAUCAGAUGCUAGUCGGUGGGCGCUAGGAGUUGCUGGCGGUGUGUUCUCAGCACGGUUGACUAGCUUGCAAUGGCGCUACGGACCGGCCGAACCCUUUCCUCUUUUUUACUUACAGUUGGCGUUUUUCUGAUCGCCAGUGGCCCUCAGCCCGUGCUUUCGUGCCCGAGCCGCUGUUUGUGCUUUCGUACGACCGUCAGAUGUAUGCAUUUAAUGCUGGAGACUGUACCUGCCGUUUCUCCUCAAACGACCAUCCUAGAUCUGCGGUUCAACAAAAUAAAGGAUCUCCCACCUGGCUCCUUCAGAAGACUAAAAAAUCUGAACACGCUGCUACUGAACAAUAAUCAAAUAAGAAGAAUCCCAAGAAGUGCCUUUGAAGAUCUAGAAAACCUCAAAUAUCUCUAUUUGUACAAGAAUGAAAUCCAAUCAAUUGACAGACAAGCAUUUAAGGGACUUGUGUCUCUAGAGCAACUGUACCUGCAUUUCAACAAUAUCGAGAGCUUAGAGCCAGAAUCUUUCACUCACCUCCCGAGGCUGGAAAGACUGUUUUUGCACAACAACAGAAUAACACAUCUAGUGCUUGGUACCUUCUCCCAUCUGCAGUCUAUGAAACGGCUACGGUUGGACUCCAACACGCUGAACUGCGACUGUGAGCUGCUGUGGCUGGCGGACCUGCUGAAGCAGUACGCCGAGUCAGGGAACGCCCAGGCAGCCGCCACCUGCGAGUACCCCGCCCGCCUGCAGGGCCGGUCCGUGGCCACGCUAACCGCCGAGGAGCUCAACUGCGAGGUCCCCAGGAUCACCUCCGAGCCCCAGGAUGUGGACGUCACCUCAGGGAACACCGUUUACUUCACAUGCAGGGCCGAGGGAAACCCCAAGCCUCAGAUCAUCUGGCUGAGGAACAACAAUGCUCUGAACAUGCGUGAUGACUCUCGCCUGAACUUACUUGAAGAUGGAACGUUGAUGAUCCAGGACACACGUGAGACGGACCAGGGUGUGUACCAGUGCAUGGCCAAGAACGUGGCCGGGGAGGUGAAGACCAGCGAAGUCACCCUACGAUACUUUGGGGCUCCAUCUCGGCCCAGUUUUGUUAUCCAGCCCCAGAACACCGAGGUACUAGUGGGGGAGAGCAUCACCUUGGAGUGCAGUGCCACGGGCCAGCCCCACCCCCGCGUCUCCUGGACCAAGGGGGACCGGACCCCUUUGCCCGCUGACGCCCGUAUCAACACCACUCCAUCGGGAGGGCUCUACAUCCAGAAUGUCAACCAGGCUGAUGCGGGCCAGUACACCUGCUUCGCCAGCAACAAUGUGGACACCAUCCACGCCACCGCGUACAUCAUCGUUCAAGCAAUACCUCAGUUCACGGUCACUCCUCAGGACCAGUCGGUUCUGGAGGGGCACACUGUGGACUUUCCCUGUGAAGCUAGUGGGUACCCCCAGCCUGUCAUCGCCUGGACUCGAGGGGGGAGUGCUCUUCCCUUGGACCGGCGCCAUGUGGUCCUCUCCACAGGCGCCCUGCGCAUUGCCCGCGUGGCGCCUCACGACCAGGGCCAGUACGAGUGCCAGGCUGUCAGCCCUGUGGGUACCAUCAGGACUGCUGUUCAGCUCACAAUCCAGCAGAGAGUAACGCCUGUUUUCACAAAUGCUCCAAGGGACAUGACGGUGGAGUCUGGCACGGACACGCAGAUUCCGUGCAGCGCUCAGGGAGAACCCGAGCCUGUCAUCACGUGGAACAAGGAUGGCGUUCAGGUGACAGAGAGUGGGAAGUUCCACAUCAACCCUGACGGCUUCCUGGAGGUGAGGGACACAGGGCUGGUGGACGGCGGCCGCUACGAAUGCGUCGCCCGCAACAGCAUCGGCUACUCCUCGGUCAGCAUGGUCCUGACCGUCCAGGUCCCUCAGGUGAGCAGAAACGGGGAUGUGUUUGUGGCUACGUCCCUCGAAGAGGCCAUCCGCAGUGUCGAUAGUGCCAUCGACUCCACCCGCAGGCACCUGUUUGACGGUCAACCACGCACCCCUGGAGAGCUGCUGGCCCUGUUCCGCUACCCCAGGGACCCGUACACCGUGGAGCAGGCCCGUGCAGGCGAAAUCUUCGAGCAGACCCUCCUCCUCAUCCAGAGGCAUGUCAACCAAGGCCUGAGGGUAGACACCAAUGGGACGGCUUUCCGCUACAACGACCUGGUGUCCCCCCGCUUCCUGGACAUGAUCGCCAACCUCUCGGGCUGCACGGCGCACCGCCGUUUCAACAACUGCUCCGACAUCUGCUUCCACCAGAAGUACCGCAGCCACGAUGGAACCUGCAACAACCUCCAGCACCCGAUGUGGGGCGCCUCCCUCACCGCCUUCGAGCGGCUGCUCAAGUCCGUUUACGACAACGGCUUCAACCUGCCCCGCGGGGCCACCGAGCGGCAGCACAACGGCUUCCCGCUGCCCCUCCCCCGCCUGGUCUCCACCACCAUGAUCGGCACGGAGACCAUCACCCCAGACGACCGCUACACCCACAUGCUGAUGCAGUGGGGCCAGUUCCUCGACCACGACUUGGAUGCGACGGUCGCGGCCCUCAGCCAGUCGCGCUUCUCCGACGGGCAGCUCUGCAGCGCCGUCUGCACCAACGACCCGCCUUGCUUCCCCAUCAUGUUCCCGCCGGGGGACCCGCGGCAAGCUCGGACCGGAGGGGCCAGGUGCAUGUUCUUCGUCCGCUCCAGCCCGGUGUGCGGGAGCGGCAUGACCUCGCUCCUCAUGAACUCGGUGUACCCGCGCGAGCAGAUCAACCAGCUCACCUCCUACAUCGACGCCUCCAACGUCUACGGCAGCUCGGACCACGAGUCCGAGGAGGUCCGCGACCUGGCCAGCCAGCGGGGUCUCCUCCGGCAAGGCAUUGUCCAGCGCUCGGGCAAGCCCCUCCUGCCCUUCGCCACGGGUCCGCCCACCGAGUGCAUGCGCGACGAGAACGAGAGCCCGAUCCCGUGCUUCCUGGCUGGCGACCAUCGAGCCAACGAGCAGCUGGGCCUGACCUCCAUGCACACACUCUGGUUCCGCGAGCACAACCGGGUGGCCACCGAACUCCUCCGGCUGAACCCGCACUGGGACGGGGACACCAUCUACCACGAGGCCCGCAAGAUUGUGGGCGCCCAGAUGCAGCACAUCACCUACAGCCACUGGCUGCCUAAGAUUCUGGGCGAGGCCGGCGUCAAGCUGCUGGGAGAGUACCGGGGCUACGACCCCAACGUCAACUCGGGCAUCCUCAACGCCUUCGCCACGGCGGCCUUCCGGUUCGGGCACACGCUCAUCAACCCCAUCCUGUACCGGCUGGACGAGAACUUCCAGCCCAUCCCUCAGGGCCACAUCUCGCUCCAUAAGGCCUUCUUCUCGCCCUUUCGCAUCGUCAACGAGGGCGGCAUCGACCCUCUGCUGCGAGGCCUGUUUGGCGUGGCGGGGAAGAUGCGCGUGACCUCACAGCUGCUGAACACGGAGUUGACGGAGCGGCUCUUCUCCAUGGCGCACGCCGUGGCCCUCGACCUGGCCGCCAUGAACAUCCAGAGGGGCCGCGACCACGGCAUCCCAUCGUACAAUGACUACCGUGUCUUCUGCAACCUCACUUCUGCCCACACCUUUGACGACCUGAGGAACGAGAUCAGGGACCCCAGUGUCAGGGAGAAGCUGCAGAGGCUGUACGGCACUCCCCUGAACAUUGACCUGUUCCCGGCGCUAAUGGCUGAGGAUGUGGUGCCCGGCAGCAGGUUGGGUCCCACACUCAUGUGCCUGCUGGCCACCCAGUUCAGACGUCUGCGGGACGGGGACAGGUUCUGGUACGAGAACCCCGGCGUCUUUAGCCCGGCACAGCUGACGCAGCUGAAGCAGACGUCGCUGACCAGGGUGCUCUGCGACAACGGGGACAACAUCACGCGUGUGCAGUCCGACGUUUUCCUCGUAGCUGAAUUUCCCCACGGCUACGGCAGCUGCGACGACGUUCCCAAGAUGGACCUGCGCAUGUGGCAGGACUGCUGCGAAGACUGCCGGACGAAGGGCCAGUUCAACGCCCUCUCCUUCCACUUCAGAGGACGGAGGUCGGCAGAGCACAGCUAUGCUGCGGAAAACCCUGCCAGUCGUGCCAAGAAGCGUGAAGCACGCAGCAUUGCGGAAGACCCCAGAGAGAGGCUUGCAAACGUCACUCUCGCGACAAAACCGAGCACUGAACCCUCGCUGAACGACUUCCAAGACUUUGUAGUAGAUAUGCAGAAGACUAUCACAAGCUUACGAAAGCAGAUUAAAAGACUUGAAGCCCGUCUGAGCAAAACGGACUGCACAGACGAGGAGGGGCGAGAACGCUCCAACACGGAGAGGUGGAAGAAAGACGCCUGCACCACGUGCGAGUGCCGGGAUGCCCAGGUCACGUGCUUCGUGGAGGCCUGUCCACCGGCAGAGUGCCCAAAGCCCAUGAAGCUAAAAGGAGCUUGCUGUCCCGUCUGCCUGACCCAGCGAAUCAGCGUUGACCGCGGAGCGUAACCAGACCCCGCCCACCUCCCACUCCCAGUAUUCCACAGAGACCCCGCUGGUGUUCCGGUCUCCAGCCAAACAGUUUCCCUUUUUUUUAAUUUUUAUUCUUUCUUAUUUUUAUUCGGUUUUUUUAUUCCUUUUUGGUUUGGUGUCAUCUCCAUUUGCCUGACCCAAAGGCUUCCAGCCUGAGACUACCUGGGUUUCCUGUCUGCUAAAACCAGAACUUGUGAGAUGUCAGCUUCUAAACGGGUGUGUAUAUGACCCCCCUCAGCCCCCUCGAGGGACCCAGUGUGCGGAAGCCACAAAGUGUCCUCUGGCGCACAUCGUAUUCGCUGCACAGUUCCCCCCAAACGCUUGGUCAGAAGAGGAAGGAAUCCCACUACGAGUAUGAAAGGGAAGUAGAUCACCUUCGGCCAUGUUGUGUUACAAAGCUUUCUCAGGUUAGAGAUGACGAAAAAAAAAAAAAACUGGUGCUACUUUUCCCCCCAUUAACAAUUUAGUUACCAAAUACGACCUUAAAAGUAUUGUUUUUUGUUUUGUUUUUUACGAUAUGCAAAGCUUCAUAUAUGCAUUCAGUAUGUGCCUUUUAAUCACUUUUGAGAGAUUUUUUUAAAUUACUCUAAAGACAUUUUAUAAAUAAAAUGAAUAGAGUUACUUCAGCUUUUACUAAACUUUCAUGGUGCUUUUUAUCAUAUUAUGAAUAUAUAUUUCCCCUUUGUAUUACCUGCUUACAUAUGAAGAUAAUGUGAAGACUUUAAAAAAAUCACUUUUGUAAUGCAAAAAAAAGAAAAGAAAUGUCUACUGAUUACCUAAUGUGUAUUCUCCAAUGGCAACUGUUGGUUAACUAACACCUGGUAUUGUGAUUUUGGUUUUAUUUUAAUUUUCUUGCUCUUUUUAUGUAUCUGUCACUUAAGCAGUAUACAAAUUUUGGGGGUGGGGGGGGCAUUGGGACAUCUCCAAUUUUGUUUGAUCCGACUCGAAAACUGACCAAGUAUGGCGAGGUGAAGCUGCCCCCCCCCCCCCACCCCACCUGUUUGAUUUUUUCCCCUCCAUUUUCAUUUGGAAUGCAGUUCUUUACCAAAGUUGUGUUAGUUUCAGUCUCUCCCCUUUGGCUCAAGGCUUUUGCUCACUCACAUGCCAAAGUUUGAGUUUUCAGCUGUACACCGACAGCCGUUCCGGUGGUCUGAGGGCUUUGAGCGGCUCCUCUCCUGAUCCGGCACGGGACUUUUUUUUCAUCUCCAUUGAAGGAUUUUUGGCCAUACCUCAGCAACAAGACUGCCUCGGGACAUCACAGAUGGGAGAGUGAGGGCUCACAAAAUGCAAGAUGGGUGCAGCCAACACGCGUCAUCAAUUUCCUGACUGAAUUGUUUUUGUUUUUAGUUUUUUAGUUUUUUCUUCAUGCCUGUCCCUUUACUCCAGUGUCCUCCAUCGGUUUGAGGGCACAGCGAGUUACCACUAGUAAACUGCAGGGGACUGGCACAGGCAGAUUGUAGCCGCCCAAUUGGCCAUUGGUGUCAGAAGGACACCUUGUCGAUUGGAACCUUCACACAAUGGGCAGUGCUGCAGCCAAUCACAAGUCACCCUGCCAGGACCCCUGGCCUCAGCUAACUGAUGUGUUUGAGUUGCUUGCGAUUCGGGCCUCUUUAAAGGUGCUGUAAUCUGCCAUGAUUGGCUCAGAUUUCCGAGUCGAUGAAUUGCUCCACCCAUUCAGGCUGGUGAAGUCUUGCUCUCCCAUUGCUACUGAGAAUGUCUCUGCCUCCAGAGCUUUUGGGUUAUAGUACACUAGAGUCAAGUAAGAACGAUGUAUGAAAUUGCCGUUUUUUUAAGUGUAAUAAAAAUAACCAGCACCGUAAACAACUGUCAGAGGCAUAUGAAACUCUUCUGGAAAAAAGAUGUCACUGGUAUCUACUGGGUGUUGAUAAAAAUCAGCAGCAAGGUCGUACAGCUACAGUAUGUGAUCACAUGAUUUGUUUUCUCAGUGCUGAUUGGCAGUCUCAUCAGCAUCCUAUAUCAGUGAUGUUCUUUUUGGAAGCAUUUCACAUAGCCUCUUACGCUUGGUCGUUUACUACCGGGUCAGGUACGGUUAAAGAAAAAAAGACGAAAGAUGGCCUAUUUGCCCCACGGGGGCAGUUAUUCUUAUUAUGUUUAAAGAAAAUUGUGAUUCAAUAUAUAUCGUGCAGUCCUAGCGUCAAACCCACAGUGACUCAGCUGCAGUUUGAAGACUUCUCAUGACUCUAUCUGUGAGUCACAUCCUCAGGACGGCCAUCUCCCUGGUCUGGACAUUGCCCUACAAAGACACUGCAAUUCACCCACCCCCCGCACUCCUUGAAACUCUUAAAACAUUGUACCCUUUUCACGAGAUGUGGAUUCUGUCAACAUACAUCACUCCCAAUCCAAUACAAUCCAGUGAGUGUUUGCCCAUGUAUUUCCAGCUAAGCUUGCAUCACCGACAACCCCACUCCCAGUAGAAUUUUUUCUUUAACUCCGUCGUGAAAGCACAAAGACUGUAUUUGAGGCCUGAGCGUACUACAUUUUUUUCCUAUGCUGAACAAAUCCAUAUUCAUCACACUUUACUUCAGGGUUUGGCUCUUGUUUGCCGAGCUUGCGGCAGCAUUCAAGUGCCAGUGACGUUAUCCAAUACAAUCGAAAAAUAGUUCAACCCCCUGAACUCUCAAUUACAAGCAAAUGAAAGCCAUAUGAUGACUCUGAAAAGGCGUCUUCGCUCAUUUGCUGUUUUUUGAUUGUGAAAAACCCUCUGAAAAAGAGAAUCAAUAAAUGGUGUGCCAAAGGUCACGCUCAUUGCUGACUUUGAGGCAAAAGCAACGUAUCAGUAUUCACCCCGUCUUUUUCGUGAAACCGCCUGUUUCAUACUGAAUUAUUUUGCCCCAACACUGAACACUGAACACUGUGGUCGGGAUGAGGAGGGUGUUUUGCUGUGUGUAGAAAAUGUACUGUUGUCCGUGACAGUGCUACGCUCCUCUGCUCCGAGUCACUGUGGGAAUGCACUGCGCUGCAUGAAUCCGUAGAGCUGCAGUUUCCAUUCGGAGUGUUCGACUGCUGUUAAUUGUUGUUGAUGUUUUGUUUUUACAUUUUUGACAUUCAGCUCUACUGUUAUGACUGCUGGCUGCACUCAUUAGUGGUUAAGAGUUGUUCUUUUCUCACUGCAUUUGGCAUCACUCAAACAAGGCCAGAGGCCAGACAUUGCAGGUGUUAGGGGAGCAGUUCAGGUUCCAAGAAAAAAAAAAAAACACUUCAAAGAAUACCAUAAAGAGCAUUAAGUGAUUAAGGCGUGUUUAUUUGGCCUGACGUGGAUGCGUAAAGAUGACCCAUCAUAUUCAUCCCCCGGUUUUAUUUCCUCCAAUGUCUUCCACCUGCCUUGUGCUUUUCCAGCUUUGUUGUGUUAACUCAUGUAGCAGUUUCUGAUUUUUGAACAGAUACUUCACGUGGACUCAAUUGGACUAACAUACUUUUCCCUUUCUUAAUUGGACACAUACUUUUGCCUUUCCUGAUUCGACAGCCUGCUCGAUCUCCUUUCACCAGAGUACAUGCUGUAUAUCAAAGUAAGCGCAUACUCUACCAAAUUUGUCAGAUUUUUGUUCAGGGAGCUCUUUUUCUGUGCUCCCUGUCCCUCUCAAUUAAUCACAUAGUGGGAGAGAGGGCGACUGAGGAGGAGGGCCAUCCUUUCUUUCUGCCACGUCUUCUCCGGAUAUUUUUCCAAACCCCUUUGUGAUCUAAACCCCUUAUCUGAACUCCUGAAACCCUUUGCCGCACCGCCGAGGGAACGCACUGCUCUGCCGAACUGACCGAGCUGUACCGACACUGUUUCAGAGCAAGCGUUGGAAAGCAGAAACCUAGCUGACCUUUUGUAUUGUACGAACCGAUAACGUUUGCCAAAGAAAUGUUUGCACUGUAAUGUAUGCCUCUCAACCAAAUUAAAUAGGCCACAUUUUAAAUAAAAUAUAAGAAAACCA